AUGGCAACGUCUCGAUCAGAAGAAAGCAAGCAACAGUGGGAAAACAUCACAAAGGAUGUGCGUGAUUUAAAAUUAGGAUUACAAAAAAUAUCGCAGUUCAUAACAAAAUUUCAAGAUAGAGAAGAAGAGGAAGAACAAGCGAGGGAGAGCAGAGCAACCACACCACGGGACGAGAGUAACC